AUGUAUCGUUUCUCCCGUGCAAGCUGUGAUUCCAGCCAGGACUCUGCAAGAUCUUGUUCGGGUACAUGAAAUGCGUCUUCCGGUCAGUGGACCCUCGGAGGUUUUGAAGACCUUGACAUCGUUUUGAUUACUUGUGUUCCGUUUCUGCAGUUGAUUUUGAAUUCCCAUUGGGUUCGAUCAAUGUUGAUUAAAGGAUGACAAUCUCGUCCUUGUGUUUGAUUAACCGGCGCGGUUUCGUUGGAUAGAGGAGGCGUAUCAGUGGGACCAGCCGUCGAUUUCACCGAAACUCUUCCUAACUUUAGGAUUAAUCUUAGUUCCGUAUCCAGAGACACUUGGACGCAUUGAACCCAUCCUAAGUUAGAACGAGAAACUCGUCCUAACAGGAUUCAUCUUAAUAGGGUUUCGUGAAGUCAGUUGCAGUACAGCUUAACUAACAAUGGACGCCAUCUGUAGCGCAAUAAUGAGGCAGGCAAAACGCUACGGAACACCCAGGAGCUUGAAGAAAACUCUGCUUUUUGUGGCCGUAGUAAGUAGCGUCUUCGUAUGGUAUCUGAGUUACCACAUGUUACCGUCAAGGAAUGUUUCCCUAGUAAAAGAUCAGUUGGAAAAGUCCAUCACUGUGAAAGAUCCACUUUACUCAUCUCAGACCGGGACCAGGCGCGCCACGCUACCCACAAACACGACGCGUGUGCCGUCUCCAUUUGGUGAUAGACUUGGUACAAAUCGUUCAAGAGCGUCUGAGACUCUUAUGAAACAGAACAUAACAGAGAGGGACACUUGGACGAAUGUGCGCUUCAAUAAGACAGUGGAACCUACCAUUCUGGUUGUGACGAAUCAAUUUCUUAUAAGCUCUGACUUGACCAACGCCCUAAAAGCAAACAACAUCAAAUUUGACAAGGUCUAUGCGUCAACGCUGGUAACAUCUUGGCCAGCUUUGGAAGACAAUGACACAGGGAAAUAUUUUGUCAUAUUAUUCCAGAGCAUUGUAAUCUUACAUGACCUCAAUACUGAAUUACUCAGUACAAUAUAUGAUUAUUGUUAUAAAUACAAUGCGGGAAUUAUAGCGUUUUCUCAACAAAUGAGCAAAACUACAAAGUAUAAGAAGCUUUACCCUCUACCCAUGACCAUGGAACAUGGUCAGUCUUUGCGCGAUAUCUCCGUCAACCCCACUGCUGGUGACGUCUUGCACAUCACAAAACCCGGGCAGGGAACGAGAGGUAGUCUCCCGUCCAGCAGUUGGACUGUCUUUAAGUCUGACCUCCCCUCAUACAGACCUUUAGUACAGGCCAAGAAGGUUACUCCGGCAAAGUCACUGAAUCAAACAUCACAGGAGAAGGAGAUACUUUACGCAACUGUGCUUCUAGAUGAUGGAGAUUAUGAUGGUAUUCAGAAAAUAUUUAUCGGCAAUGACUUGAGAUUCUGGCUUCACUACGUCUUAUUUCUGGACAGUAUUUCUUACCUCUCCCACGGACUUCUUAGGACGUCUCUUGACAGAUACAUCCAAGUCGAUAUCGAUGAUGUAUUUGUCGGGAAGAAUGGUAGAUUGACUCACUUAGAUGUUCAGGCUUUGAUCAACCAGCAGCAAGUCCUAUCAAACAAAGUUCCAGGGUUUACCUUCAAGCUCGGCUUUUCUGGAAGAUCCUUCGGCUCAGGGAACGAGGAUGAGAAAAAAGGAGAUCUGGCGUUGGCGAAAAAUGCCCACGUGUUCUCCUGGUUCCCGCAUAUGUGGGGACACGCGCAGGCGCACACGUAUGACAACAGGAGUAAGCUUGUCAGUGAAAUGAAGAUGAAUUAUCAAUUUGCAAAGAGCCAAAAUAUCACUGUAUACGAGUCGUACGCAGUAGCCCCCCACCACUCUGGAGUUUACCCCGCCCAUGAUAUGCUGUACGAUGCCUGGAAGGAGGUUUGGGGCACAAAGGUCACAAGCACGGAGGAGUAUCCGAACUUGUUACCAGAUUGGAACCGCAAGGGAUUCAUAUUCAAAGAUAUCAUGGUGCUCCCGAGGAAAACUUGUACCCUGUAUACAAAGAACUUGUUGAUGAGCAACUACACCGGUGGGAAGAGCGGGUUGGACGGCGUGGUUCGAGGGGGAGAAGUCUUCAAGACUGUCAUCAGUAAUCCCAUUAGCGUGUUCAUGACACACAUGCCGAACUAUGCGCGAGAUCGUUUGGGUCUGUAUUUGUUUGACGAACUCGUGACAUUUAUACAAAGAUGGACUAAUAUCAAACUUAAGACGGCUUCUCCUGUCAAGAUGGCACAGAUGUACUUUGAAAGACACCCGGAGGAACGAGAACCAAAGUGGAUGAACCCAUGCAGUGACAAGCGUCAUCUACAAAUAUUACCAAAACUCCAAAGUUGUGAUCGACUCCCUCAGAUAUUGGUGCUUGGACCACAGAAAACAGGCACUGCGGCGCUGCGUGCAUUUAUGUCAUUGCACCCAAACCUUGCCAGUAACUAUCCUAGUAAAGAAUCGUUUGAAGAGAUGCAGUUCUUCUCAAACUCCAAAUACUACGCUAGAGGCCUCGAAUGGUAUAUGAGUCAUUUUCCGCAAGUCAGACAUAACCCAACGGAUAAGGACCGUAUUUUAUUUGAGAAAAGCGCAACCUAUUUCGAUAGUGAAAAUGCACCGAAGAGGGCGCACCUGUUACUUCACAAAGCGAAACUCAUCACUAUUUUGAUUGAUCCAGCAAAGAGGGCGUACUCCUGGUACCAGCACGAACGAGCCCAUGAAAAUCCAGCUAGCCUGAACUACACGUUUUACGAUGUGAUAUCAGCAUCAGAUGGUCCUGGAACACAUCCAAAGGUUGUUUCUCUGCGAAACCGAUGUCUCAACCCGGGAAUGUACGCCAAACAUGUCAGCUCAUGGCUGUCUCACUAUUCGUCUAAAAAGAUGUUGGUUUUAGAUGGUGAGUUACUGAAGACGGAUCCAGUUGCGGUGAUGGUUAAAGUUCAACAGUUUCUUGGGUUGAAAAGACAAAUUGACUAUAAAGAUAAAAUCAUAUUUGAUAAGACGAAAGGUUUUUAUUGCCCCGUCAAGAGCGGCCGUAAACAUUGUCUGCCCAAGAACAAAGGUCGCAGCUACCCUCCAAUGGACGACAAAUCAAAGGAAUUCCUUCGUCAGUUCUACCAGAAUUAUAACUUUCAACUUAGGAAUUUAUUAAUUAAAAAACAUCUACACACACCACAAUGGUUAGGGAAAGACUAACUCAUGGUUGUUUGAUAAUGGCAUGGAAACAUUAUUCAUUGAAACUCAACUUCCUUUUCAUGUUGGACGUCACCGACUCAACGGCAGCCAUCUUGUUAUGUUACGCAGGGCUUUGUGGAGAAAGAAACUGAUUGAUUGGUUGAAUUUAUUCGGAUAAAAAAAAACAGGUCAAAGAUACUUACACACCAACAGGAGAAAAGUUACUGAAACCAAAUAAACCAAAAUAGAACACAAGAUAAAAAUAGAGCACAACAUUUAAUUUUGUAAUCCAAGGAAAUCCCAAAGAAAAGCCAAAUACAUGUAAUAGGCUUGUUUCCAUUGGGGUCCUUAACUGUACUCUCUGGUUAACGGAGGAGAAUGAGUGAACGGAGUGUGGUGGAGUGUAGUCUGAGAUGAUGAUGACUGAAGAAGCAACAUUUGAAUCAAUUCUUACCGGUCUGGUCUUGCUUUUUGGAGGUGGAAGAAAAGGAGGCUGGAUGACGAGCAUCGGGUUCGCCCUACUUUAUGUUGUGGAGACGAAUUCAAUAACGUGUCAUCAUUAUAGAACCAAUAUUAUGGAUGCCCUCGCAGUUCCAAGUAGAAUAGAACAGAAAAAACACUUGAGAAUUGAGGACGGCUUAAAUGGGUAGUGUGAGCAUUCUACCUCCAUGGUGUGAGUGUUCACCAACUAUCAUGCUACGAGUGUGCUACGAAGUUUGAUGCCACAGGACUGUUUUUGCUGCGAAUGUUUCACUGUGUCAAGUUGAGCACAAUAACGCAGACAUUUUGAGAAAGAAAUGUUCUCUGGUUUAGGGAUGAGUACUAAAUGGUCGUAGAGGUAUGGAGUAUAGAAUUAGAUAAGAUCAUGGAGGACUCAAUUAUUCCUCCAUGAAGAGGAGUGUUUUUAAUUUGUAUAUAUUACUUUGUUUUUAUUUUGUAAAUAAAACUUAACUUCAAACACUUCCUGAUACCUGGCACUAUUCAGUCGAAGAUAAUACCACAAUAAAAACAUUGUUCCGAACAUGUGCAAUAGCUUUGAACUGCAUGGUAUAAAGCAAAGUAAAAUGUUAAAGGGACAUUGGAUCGGGCCCUCCAUGGAUCGGGUGAGUUGGCUUAUAUGAAAAGCGUUUAAAACCGUUUGUUAUGAAAUGCUAAUUAUGGAUAGAAAGGUGUUUUAACUUGUAGAAAUAGUGAUCCACACAAUGCCUUGAAUUGCGUGGUCGGUAUGAAAAAAAUAAACACGUAGUGAUGCCUCUAAAUAGUAAA